GUUACAUCCAUCCAUCACUUCAGACACGUCAAAGCUAUUCUGUUGUCUCACCGAAGGGCUCAGCCGUGAUGCCAUACUAACUACUAACCAAGACAGCAGCAGCAGCAGCAGCAGCAGCAGCAGCAACAGCAACAACAAAAACAACAACAAAGCAAACAUAAAUAGAGACACCACGCUCUCGUGCUUCCCCGGACCUCCGCCACUCUUUCCAUCCAUCUACAUGAUUUCCCAACACCACCACCUUAGCCAUGUCUUCGUUAUCGAGCCCACCGCACUUCCUUCCUCCGAUAUCUCCUCGACGUGCCCCAUCACCCAUAAUGUCACCAGGAGGCCGACGAGGUAGAGCACUAGGAUCGUCGGAAGAAUCUCAUCUCCGCGAUCUCUCUCCGACGGCCACCCUCCGCGCAUUCACAGAGCGACCCAUGCCACACGAUGUCACCCGCGACGAAUACAAGAUUUUUGCUUGUAUAGAUAAUCUCACUGCUGCGGAACGGGAUUUGGGUGCCAGGGUGGCAAAAGCCGCUCAAAGGCUAAAAAGCUGGUGCCAGGAAAUCGAACAAUGGGGAUGGUCUGGGAACUUCGAUCAACCAUCCGAGGAAUUUCGUGAAUCACGGAGGAGAAGCUUAGAGUUGCGCAUUAAGGAGCAUGUAAAGGACACCGAAGCCCUUGAAAAGAUUGGUCCCCUCGAAUACUGGGGCUCGCUAUUGUCGGUCGAAGUCAAAGCCCACGAAGCCCGCUUAGACGAGAUUGGUGACGACCUGCUCACAUUGGAUAUCGAGGAACUCAAGGAGCAUGUCUUGGAUAUUCACGGACCCAACCGGUCGCGACCUUCUUCUGCCGGAUUCGAAUCUUCGCGUCAGAAUUAUAAACCUUUGGACGAUUUUUCGUUUCUCAUAACACAAACACUUCUCUCCGCACUUCCCGAUCACUUCCGACUUAAAGAACGAUUAAAUACCUGGACCGCGCGUGUAUCGAUUCUUCGUGAAGCUCCUCGGUAUCUCGACGACCUCAAAACUUCGCAAAAGGCUAUGCAAUUAGCAUGGGACGCUCUUGACCCACCAAGUGAUUCUUCAGAUGCUGCUCUGGAGAAGUGGAAGGAGGCUGUUGACACCAUAUCAGUGGUCUUACGACAGAAGAUCGCCAAUCUAGGUCAACGCCUUGACGGGAUGCUAGACACACUAGAGGGGCGUGAAGAUUGCUUACCUGAAAGGUGGAUUGACUCUUUCGAGGCUACUGAGUCUGGAUUUGGAAAUUGGACACACGAAUCACGAAAGCGAGUGAUCGAGUUCGAAUUGCAGAGAGUACCGCGCCAGAACGGAGCAGAUCUUUUCGAAAAGACUUUAUCAAAGGUCCAUAAUCCGGCCAAUCAGCCUGAUGUAUCCACCGCACGUAAUAGCCCGCCACCGAUCCUCAGACCCAGGGUGUCAGGUUCUGUGCAUAUCAACGAACGCAAGACUUCUGGAUUCGGAUCCAUUGCUAUUGUCCGUACCAGUCCUGAGCCAGAUCGUGACGAGCCUCUGUCCAGCCCUGAGAAGUCGCAACAGAGCACCAUCGCUUCGGAGGAGCCACUUCCAUCGGAUGAUGAAUUCGACUUCGAGGAUGGAGACACUGUGAUCCAUAAUGAACUUGACGAAUCAUUUGUUGAAUCUCCCUCAAUCGAAUCCAAUCCGCAGGACCCAUUAUCACUGAGUUUCUCUGACUCACUCUCGAUGGCUCCCAUAAAGGAAGACACGGAAUCUGAGUCCCAUUCAGAUCGACCCCAGACUCCAAGGCUCCGGCGUGGUAGCGUCGAUUCCAUCUCCUCAGACAUCUCAUUCUCGUCAAGUCCAGCAAGCGUAAUACUUGAUUCACCUUCCGUACGCAAAACAACCACCCGCAAAAUUCGAAAUCCAAAACCAGAAUUGAAUGCAGCCAUGAGUAAGAGGAGGCCACUCAAUAGCACAAAAGACUCUAGUAUCAACGCCAGUGUCAGUCCAAAAACCGAAAGUGCGCCAUGGCCUCCAACACAAUUCUCAAAGCAGCUUGCUUCUAAUAGCACCGAGGAUCUCGAACAAAAGAUAUCCGACAUUUUGACUACCAUUCCUGCUCACAUUCGUCUUACUUCUGGUCCAGGUGCUAACGCACCAGAGGUGAAGUCCACACGCAGGCCUUUGAGAAGCAGAGGCAGUAAAGGCUUGCUACGUACAGCGCGCUCGAUCAACGGAUUGAAAUCUCCAGAGCUUACUUUGUCGCCUGCGAAGGCAGACUCUGAUUCAACAUAUUCAGGCCGCAGGUCAGCAUCAGCACUCCGAAACGACAACGACAUCAAGCUAUAUCAUCUUACUCAGCCCGGAAAAGAACACCCUGUUAAAUUGUUCAUCCGUCGUGUCGGAGAGAAUGGUGAGCGUGUUAUGGUACGCGUCGGUGGCGGCUGGGCCGACUUGGGUGAAUACUUACGACAGUAUGCGGAGCACCAUGGGCGACGAACUGUGAGCGAAGGCAAAUUCGAGAUUCUUGGUCUCGAGGUCCGCCCUACAGAGUCACCCCGGCCCGAGAGUGCAAUGAGCAAAGGUCGAGCGAUGAGCCGAGGCUCUCAUGUGGAUAGCCCAAGCACAACGCCCAAGAAGAUCAUCGGUCAGGGAAUUUCAAAGGACGAUGCGCCACCUCCAAUGCCAAAUCUGAACACGACACCUGGUGGGGGAAUUGGGGAGGCGUCUGCACCAUCCACAGGAUCUUCACGGCAUUCUUGGACUGGCAACGAAGUUGGCCUCGCCGGUCCCAAGGCGAAAAAGUUGGAUCUCAGUGGGGAAAAAUUGGACUGGAUCGAGGGAAUGAUGAAGCAGGCCAGGACCGUCAGUGGCAACAACAUACCCAACAUGGCUCGAUCAGAGGAGACAUCUGGGCAGCAACAGCAACAGCAACCGCAAGCACCACGGGAGGCAGCUGGUAGCAGGUCGGACAGCAGGUCAGGAGCGCGUAAGCAGCAUGAAUUCGGUGAUCUCGGCAAAUUUGGAGGCACAAAAAGAGUCUUCCUAAGAGGCGGGAAGUUAUCAGAGCACUAAAGGCUGGUUCUAGGAGGAAGCUCUUCUUUCCUUCUUUUGCAUUUCUUUUGUCUAGAACACUCGGUACAAGCAUCAGAUACCCCCUCCAGCAUAUACUUGGCACUUUUCUUUUUUUUCACUUUUUCCUUUUGUUGGUCACAUAGAAGAAUUCAUCAGCCAUGCUGUUUAUAGUUAGCACACACCUAAUGUAUCUUUCUCUUCUACGCGGUUGAUCCCGUGGAGGAGGAGUUCCAAAAUUCGAGAACAGCCAGGUAUGCACCUGAUGUGCAAUGUCACUCUCGUAGUCGUCACCAACCACUCUCUUCUCUGUAUAUAAUUUA